CUCGACAUGUAUCUUCCCCAUUGGACAAAUGUUAAAAAUCACUCAAUUUGAGUUUCUUAUUAAAUGAUCAACAUAAAAGUAACCUGGUUAUAUGUGCAACAGUCGUACCAAUUCAACUGAAUCUUACACCGUCUACCGUCGAACUCACUUCUGCUAAUCUAUCAUAUGGUUUAAUUAGAACAACUGGCAUGCCUGGAUAUGUUACAUUGCACAAUCCGUUACAUGCUUCCGCAAGAUUUUGUUGGCAAACAUUAGGCGAUCAAAAUCCUUUUACAAUAUGCCCAAAAAAAGGUGUAGUAGAACCAUUUUCUUCAUUAAAUUGUGAAAUUGUUUAUUAUCCAAAUAUUAACACUAUAAUGGAAGGCAAAUUUCAUUUAAAUUUACUAGAUCAAAAUGAUGACCAAUUAAAUACAUUGUCUACAACAAUAAAUAAAUUUGAUGUUAAUCACAAAGUAUUGGAAUUAUCAUGUAUUGCAAAACUAUUACCUAGUAAAUUAUCGUUUUCUACACGUCGACUACCACUUGGAUCAGUAGCCCAUGGGCUACCUUAUACACGUCAGAUAACUAUAUUUAAUUUAGGACAAAAUCCUAUUCUAUUUUACAUUAACCAAGAAUUUAAAAGUGCCAUAAAUCAUAACGGUAGUAUUCCAUCUUAUAUGCAUAGAUUAUCAAGAGCAUUACCAGCAAGAGUUGAAAUUCAAGUUAGUCCGAUAGAAGGGGAAAUCCCAGUUGGUGGUGAGACAACUUUAAAGGUCACCUGUAUACCAGUUGGAUUGGGUAAAUUUGAAUCAUCUAUAACAUUAAGUACAUAUGAUCGUCAGGAUUUUAAUUUAUCCGUAUGUGGAACUGUACUUAAACCACAAAUUCAGUUAAUUCCGAACACUUUCGAAUUUGGUGGUGUCAGAAUUGGUUCAAUGAAAUCUCUUCCAUUUGAGAUUACCAAUAAUGGUAUUACACGUGUGUUAAUAGAAAUACAAUUGAAAAAUUUCGAUGAAUUUCAAAUUACCGAUCAUAUAAAUUCCCUUUCAUUAGAUGAAUAUAUGAAUGAACAAAUUUAUACUAAUAAUAGAAAUAAUUCAACUAGAAAUAAAUUUAUUUCUUCUUCAUAUUCAGAAGAAUUAGAAAAGAUAUCUAUAAAUACUAUCAAAGUGCCUCAUUCAUCCAGUUAUUUGGAAUAUGAUAAAUCAACCUGUCUUUAUCAUAUUCAUAUACCACCUCAAAGUAAAUGGGUUGGUUAUCUAGUCUAUAAACCUAAAGAUGUAUCAUUUCAUGACUUUGUGCUUCCACUACUUAUAAAUAAACUUAAUCCAAAACUUUUAAGUCAAAAAUCAGAUGAUACCAAUAAUAUUAAUGUUAAUACUGAAGAAGGAACAAUAAUUGAUGGUGAAACUGAUUUAAAAAUGUCUAGUCAAGAUUAUGAACCUAGAGUUAUAGCUACAGCAUUAAGACAACCUAUUACAAUUGAACCGAAAAAUGGUAUACUCAAAUUUAUUGCUACAUUAAAUGAUAAAGUUUCAGAAUCAAAUGUUUUAUAUCAACAUCUCUGUAUAAAGUCACUAACCAAUUUACCAAUGAAAUGGCAUUUAGUCAUGCAUAAAAUUCAACGUUUCAAUAAACAUGCUCAUGGAAAAUUGACGAUACUCAAUGCACAAGGUAUAGAACUACUGCCUGAUUUAGAUGGUUACAUUAAUGGAGAUUUUGCAGAAAAUGAUGAUAGAACAAUUCAUCUUGAAAUUAGAUUAUGUUCAAAUAAACCAGGAUCUUUUAAGUUAGAACUGCCAGUUUGUUUAACAUUUCCUGAAGAUUUAAACAGUGAACAAAGUCCAAAAUCUAGUUCUUCACUUUAUAAAACACUUCAAAUUCAUAUUGAGUUAAGCAAGUUGGAGUUGAAAUUUGAACCCGAAAGAAUAUUGAUACCACCUAUUCCCACUGGAAUAAAUGUUAGAAUACCAGUCAAACUGACAGCUUAUCAAAUAAAUCAACCAAUUCAAAUAUUUGGAUUUUGGAAUUCUUCACCAAUAUGUGAAGCUCAAUCAAUUAGCGAAGAAAAUAUUCAAUGUCCAUUUGAUAUUGAAUAUCCAGAAGGUCAAAUUCUAAAACCAAAUUAUAACUCAUCAGUUUCUGAUACAGGAAGUUUAAAUUUAUGUGUUAAUUUUAACUGUAAAUUAAAUGGUCUUGUUCUUGCACCCAAUCCAAGACCAUUAUGUUUAAUUAUAAUUGCAAGCAUCAAUAAUUGUGAUAAUACUGAAGUAUGUUAUUCAUCGAAUAAAAGUUCAAGAGAUCAAUUUUUAUCAUCAUAUAUUUGUUCAGCUGCCUUACCUGUUAGUGCAGCUGUUGAUAAUUGUCUGAUCAGUUGGUUUGAUUAUAUAACACGUCGACCGAAUGAGUUUAGACUAACUGAUUAUCAAUAUCUUAGAAAUAAAUUGAACGAAAUAAAACUGAAUCGUAACCUAAACAUUAUUUCACUAUAUCACUUGUUUGAUGAAUUAAAACUUUCACAGAAAGAAUGCUUAAACUUAGAGAAUAUGUCUUCUGAUCAAAACUCUUCAGUAGGAAGUAAUACACAUUGGAACACCGAUGAAAAUUGUUUAAACGGUAUUAGAAAUGCACGAAAUAACAUUUUUGAUAUUUCAGAAAGUCCAUUUAUUCAUCGAGAUCACUCAAAAGACUUUGAAGAUAAUAAUGAGAUGAGAUUAUCUCCAUCUACAAUUUCUUCAACAAUAGCAAAUUCUUAUGAAUCAUGUUCAUUUCUACCAGACUGGCAAUUAAUUGAUCGAACAGCAACAGAGCAAGUACAACGUUGGUUGAGUGUUCAUGGAUUUCAAAAGAGUCGUUAUCAAUUUAAGUUUCCAGAUGAUUUUAGAAAUUGUAUAUCAUUGACAACUACAAUAUUGAAUAAAUCAUUAUUAGGUGAAAAACAAAAAUCCUAUACUAUAUCUCAACAGAAUACAACAAUAAGAGAAUCUAGUCAAACUAAUAUGAAACAUGAACUAAACAAUAAUAAAUUGAAUAUUGAUAAUAUGAAUGAAACAGUACCAUGUAGCAUUAAUCCAUUAUAUAAUUGUUUAUUACAUCUUUGUGGUAAUAAACAACCACCUGGUCUAUUACCUACAAUUAAUUUACCAAUAAAUAAUCCUUAUGAAGGUUUAUCAAUUGUUUAUUUUUAUUGUUCUUCAUUGUUAACAUUUGCAAGAAGUCAAGGCAGUUGUCUACCUCAUAUCUUACCAGAACAUUUAAUGGAACCGAAUGAUUAUCAUUUAUGGCAUAAAUAUGGAUGUCCAGGUUUAACAAAAUCUGCACGUACAGUGUAUAUAUCAUUAUCUCAAAAAAACAAUAUCAUAACAGUAACAGAUUGGAUGAAAUCACAAAAAAUCAAAAAUGAUAAUCAAUCAAAUGAUGAGUUGAUAAAAAUAGAUAUAAGUCCAUUAAGUGAAUCUGAACUAGAUCGAUUUUUAAUAAUAUCUGAAAGAGCUUGGACAGAUUUAUUAAUACAACUUAUUAAAUGUUUUCUAUUUAAUCACAUAACCAUCAAUUCACUGGAUACUAUUAAUUUACCACCAAAAGAUCUUUUAUUACAUAAAACAAAUGAAUUGAUGUCAUCAACGCCAACAGUUUCACAACAAUCUUCAUCACAAAAUGAAUCAAAUAAAUCGGAUCGAGUAAUAAAACAUACAAUUCGGUUAUCAAAUCAAAGAGACAAUGUACAGAGAACAAGAUUAACUAAUUUCAAUGAAAUUCAAGUGAACAGCUGUUACUCAUCAUGUGAAUGUAUCUUAUUGGCUUGGUUAAAUUAUUGUUAUCAUCAGUAUGCAUGUCAAAUAUGGCCUGAAAAGAAAUCCGUAUUUACAAAUAAUAAUUUGAUUGUUACUAAUUUUGAUAAUGAUCUAUGUGAUGGGAUUAUAUUAGCAUGUGCUAUCGGUGCAUAUGUGCCUUGUCUUAUCCCUAAUUACUUCUCCAAAAUAUACACACAACCUAAUUCAGAAGAACAGUGUUUUCAUAACGCGAUUAUUUUAGUUCAAGCACUAAGAAUGAUUCAUUUUGAAUUUGAUUUGAGUCCAUCUGAUAUAACAAGUCCACAUCCAUUUGGUAUGGCGUUAUUAUGUUUACAUUUAUUUUGUCAGUUGCCGGAUUAUUUACCGAGACAAACAAUAAAUUUUACAGGUCUUUUAAAUUCUACAACUAAACGUCAAUUAUUAUUUACCAAUACAAGUUCUCAAAUGUUAACAUAUUAUUGUGUAAUAAUUGGUCCAAACGCAAAUGAUUUCAACUGUUCUAUUAUAAACACAUCGAAUAAAAUUACAAAACGCGAAAACAAUAAAACAAAUUCAAAGAAAUUGGAUGUUAAGGAAUUAAAAUGUUCAACGAGUGAUAAUUACAUUAAGCUCAAUGAUACUAAUAAUACUGACAAGUUGUAUAAUGAUGUUAAAGAAAUGAAAAUGAUUAUACCACAGAAAGGAAAAUUACAAAUAUGUCUUGAAUAUAAAUCACGUUUUCUUAAAUUAACAGAAGCUGUAUUUUUAGCAGUUUCACAACGUCAAAAUGAAUUACAAGGUAAAACUGUAUCAUUUAUACUUUCUGGAAUUGUAGGUGGACUUGAUACAUUACCAACUAAAAUCAUUAAAUCACCUUGUUACCAAAUGGCAGAAUUUAAAAUACCAAUUAUAAAUCCAUACAAAUUAAGUGGUACAUUUAAUAUUAAAAUAAUUGAAAGUUGUAAUGAUUUAUUCAAUGCACUAUGCCAAACACUAGGUUUAAAUGGAAAGAAAAAAGAAUUUACUUCAGGUAAUUUAUUAUCUACUGAAACAUAUUCUGCGACAGAAAGCUCACUGGAUCAAUCAUCAUCAGAUAAUAGUCAAUUACCACCAGAAAUCAUGAAAGAAUACUAUCAAAGAAAUCAAUAUCAAUCAUUUCAUUGUCGUGAAAAUACCAUUAAUCUAUGUGGAACUACCAAUGAUAAUUGGACAGAUUCACAUGUUAUAAAACAAUCAGAUAACAAAGUGAAAAUUAGGCAAAAGCAACAACAACAACAACAAACAACUGAUGAAAAACAAAAUAUCAAAGAAUUAUCAAUUAUUUAUUUGCCAUUAGGAUGGGGUACAAGAGAAUGUUGUUUAUUAUUAUCAAAUGAAAAAAUUGGUGAAUUUGUUAUCCUGUUAAAAGGUAUUGCUCAAUUACCACAACCAAGUUUAUUACCAUAUACUGAACAAAAAGAAAGGGGUUACCGUAUUAAAUCUGCUGUUGCAGCUGCUUCUUUUGGACGAUCAGGUGAUCCAAAUGUUAUAUAUUUCCGAUGUCCAAUAAACUGUGAAAUAAAAGAAACAUUAUGGUUACCAGUAAAAAAUGAUUUACGUCGGACAGCACUGUUAAAUGCUAUUCAUAUUCGACUUGCACCAUCAGAAUUAAAGCGUCGUCAACUAGCAAAUACACUUGAAUCAGAUGAAUUACUUGAGUUGGCUAAUAAGAGAUUAAUAUUACAUAAUUUUGAUCAAAAUUCAUCGGAGAAAAAGUUAAAACUUCAGAAAAGAUUACAUAUAUCUCGAUAUCUGAUAUAUAGUGUAGAAAUUGAUUCAAAUAUGAUCAAAGUCCCACCCAAAAUACAUGUGCCAAUAUCUGUGGAUUUAGAUUCCGAUGAAACAUUUCCUCUUCCUCUCAAAAUCUUUGCUGAUAAACCCGGUUUAACUUCAGCUAAACUGGUAAUUCAAGGUCCAGAUGAUAUACGACUCUAUCGUAUUGAAUGUGUAGCUUUACCUGGUAAUGAAAAAAUGGUUUUAACUUUCACAUCACCACUAAAUCAUCCAAUUACUCAACCAAUACCGAUUGUCAAUAAAACAGCAUAUGAUUGGGAACUAUCUUCACAGUUUAUUGGUAAUCCAAUAUGGUUUACUGGGCCAUCCAUCAUAAAUGUUCCAUCGAAUACAACAGUUCAAUAUUCUAUAACAUAUUUACCUAGAAGAGAAGCCGAAAGUCAAACUAAACUUGUUCUUCGAAAUAUAACUGAUGGAAGUCAAUUAGAAUAUCACUUAAAUGGGAUUGUAUUGAAACCACUAUCACUUGGAAAAAUUAAUCUCGAAUUUACAAUUAAUACUUGUGAUAUAAAUGAUGAAAUAUGCAAAGUUUCGAAACAAUCACAUUUACAAACUUUCACGCUUAAAGUUCCCAACUCAACUUCAAUAAUGCAGUGUUUCCGACUGCAAACAAAUUUACCUAAGGGUCUUAUUGAAUGGAUGCCAAACAAUCAGAAAUAUAUUAAUUGUAUUGAAGUUAUGUCUGGUCGCACCGAUGAAUGUAAAUUUCAAGUUUCUGUGUCAAGACGAGGAUCUUUUCGCGGUAUUAUAGUGUUUGUUGCAGAUACUCCGAGGAAUAAUUCGGAUAGUGAUGAUGAAAAUGAUGAAGAAAUGUCACCAAAGGUUAAUCAAACUAGUGAAGCAUCAAAAACAAUAAGUGAAUUGGAUGAAAAUUCGAAUCCAGUUUAUCGACUUUGGUAUGAAGUAGAAAUUAAUAUUAAACCAGGCCCACCUAUUAAACAAAUUGAAAUUAUCUGUCCAUGUCUUAGUUCCAAAACAGUUGAAUUGCCAUUUACUAUACAAUCAGAAUUAUUUAAAAAUAGUCAAACAAUUGAAUUUGAUGUAAUUAUUGAAGAUAAAUGUUUAAUUGGUCCGAAAACACAUUGUGUAACUUCUGUUGACAAUUCUGGAAAACUUUCAUCAAUUUAUCAACUGAAUUGUAUUCCAUCUAUUAUUGGAACUAGUAAUUCAACUGUCAUUUUUUACAAUUCAAACUGUGGGGAAUUUUGGAUUGAAUUAAUAAUAAAAGCCAUCAAACCAGAAGCUGUCAACGUACCAAUUAUAGAAGCUGAAUUAGGAAGCUCAAAAAUCACCAAAAUAUUAUUAGAUAAUCCAACAGAAGAGCUGUACAUUUUAAAACCAAAAAUAUUUAAUUCAGAUGUUUUCAAAUUACAAUUAUCAACAUCAGCUAAACAACUUGCUUGUUUAUCACCAUCAUUAACUACAGAAUUAGAUGAACAACAUCAUUCACACUUACAGAUGUCAACAUUAUGUCAAUAUUCUGAUAAUGAUAUAUUAGAUAUAAAUGAAAUGGAAAAUAAUUCUUCACGUAUGUUAUUAACAAAUCGAAGUACCGGUUUACAUACUACAGAAAGAAUAAUUAAAUUAAAACCAAAAUCUAAAUUAUAUCUUGGAUUGAAAUUCACUCCAUGUGCUAUUGGUAAAGAGGAACAUGAAGGAUCAAUUGUGUUUUAUUCAGAAAAAUUAACAGAAUGGUGUUUUAAUUUGCAUGGUAAUGGUGUUGCACCACAACCAAGAGAUCCUGUCAGUGUAUCAGUUAUGAUUGGUUCAGCCACCACAUUAAUAGUGCCGAUUACAAAUCCGUUCAAAUAUGACACUGUAUUGGACAUAAGUUUAUGUGAAACCACUUUAUCUGGUCUAUUCAAGCAUUUGGAAGAUACACGUAAUUCUAUACUUAAAAAUCAGUCGGACAAUAAAUCAAUCAACUCAUCUUCAGUUGAUAAUCAUAACAAUAACGAUGAAGAGUUCAUUGAUCAACUAAUGGAACCAAAUGAAUGUAAUUGUGAUGAAAAUAAUCAACCGUAUAGUAAGAGUUUAUCAACUAAUCCAGGCAAUACAAAUAUCUAUUCAGCUUUUCAACUUUUAAUAAAAGAGAAAAAAAAUAUACGUCUGUCAAGUAAAACAGUUUUUGAUAUACCUAUAUCAUUCGCUCCGCUGGAAAUGAGAGAACAUGAAGCACUUUGCACAGUUAUUAUGCAUAAGUCAAAUUCUGGUAAAUGUAAAUCAAGUAAAUCAAUACAGUCAUCAUCUUCUUCUGUACGUUGGCUAAUUCCAAUUAAAGGUAUUCCUGAAAUGAAAUCAUUAUCAUAUCCAUCUUCUAAAGAAUUUUCUUUAUCAUAUAAUCCAUAUCAUAAUAAUAAUACUACAUCAUCAAUAAUUAUUAAUGGAACUGUACGAUCAAAAUCAUAUUUUAUCAUAACACUAAGAUUAUUAAAUACAUUUAUAUAUACAGAAAGUCAUUUAACACAUAAUGAAAAUAUAAAAGAUAUUGAAAUACAAACUAUACAAUCAGAAGAAGAUAAAAAGUUAUUUCAUGAAAAAAUGUUUAAUAAUAAAAUUAAUGAAUCAUUAUUAUCAUUAUGUAAUCAAUAUUCAAUAUGGGAUAAUAUAAAAAUCAAUAAUUUAGAAUGGAUAAUAAAACCAAUUAUUAAAAAAACUAAUGAACAAUUAAUUAAAUUAAUUGAUUUAAAUAAAAUUUUAACUAAUUCAUUAAUAAUUAAAUUAUUUCAAAUUAAAAAAUUGGAUGAUUUAGAAAUAACAGAAAUUAAAUUAGGUAUGAUAUUUUCACCGAUGCUUUCAUUUAAGUGCAGCGCAGAUUUAAUGAUAAAAACGUCUCUAGGAGCGAUUUGGAAAUUUGGACUAAUUUUUAAAGCAAAAGAUCCUCCAAUUGAUGAUGUAAUUUAUAUUCCUCAUAGAGGUAUUGGUCGUCCAGUUAAAGUUCAGUUGCAUUUAACUAGUCAAACCGAUGAACCAUUAAAAUUCAUCGCAAGCUUAUACCCUAAAAAUCAAACAGAAUACACGAUUGAACCUAAAGAAGGAAUUUUACCACCAAUGAAUAAAGAUAAUGAAGCCAAUAUAACAAAUUCACCAUUGAUUAUAACAUUCACACCGAAUUCAUAUGGAAAACCAAUAAUUGCUCAAUUAAUAAUACAGGUAAGUUAAUUUUCAUGAAUAAAAUAUUUAGCAACUAAUAAUUAAAGCAGAUAAUCAACAAAAAUACCCCAGUAAGAUAAAAACGUUAAGGUACUGUUUAAAACGUUAAAAAUUUAAAACAACAAUUUAACCCAAACAUUAUAGAUAUCCAUAAGAAUUAAAAGGUACAAACUAUGAAAUGUUGAAUAUAAAAAACAAGUACAUGAGUAGCUCAAAUGCAAAAAAAAAAUAUAAUAAACGAGGAACUGAAAUUCUCAAAAAAGGACAAACGUGAUAUAACAUAAAUGAGAACAUUGAGUAAAUAAACGAGACAACUAAAAUCAUCAACAUAAAACAAACACAAAAAAUAUAUAUUUUAAAAAAAAAACAUAAAAAUUGAAGAAGUAGGAAGUCAUACCGAAACAAAAUAAUACAGGAAAAAAUUACGGAAAAGUACUUAUAAGCAAAAAUGAUCAACAAAAUCAAAGACGACAGAAGGAAAUACGAAUUAUUAAAAAAAACUAACAAGCUUUGAAAUAAACAAAACAAUAUAUUAUGUUUCUAAAACAACCAGAAUAGAGUGGAAAUACAAAAGAGUAGUGAAAGGAGUGAGAACACAAAUAGUAGAAACACCGGAUGCACUUCAAAAAAACAAAUUAUAAAAGCUCAUAGAAAAAACCCAAAACCCCACAGUAAAUACGUCAUAUAGAAAUGUCAAUCGUAAGUUUCAAAAUUCAUUGUUCGCAUAAAUCCAAAACAAAAAUUGACUACCAUAGCUCAACCAUGGACGAGAAGCUUGAAAAUUCGAACACGAAAACCUUCAUAUUCAAUCGAUUUUACAAAAUAAUAAUAACAAAGAUAUAUAAAAUAGCAAAACAAAUAAUCACUCAAACAAACAAAUGAAAAACCACAUCCAUUAACAUUCGCCAAUCGAAUGCUGAAAACAACC